AUGUCUGAAAGCGCUGAGCAUCUCAAGGAUGAGGGCUCCAAAACCCAAUCAAUGAUAGCUGGUGCGACAGCUGGAUUGAUUGCUAGGUUCAUGAUCGCCCCCCUGGACGUUGUAAAGAUUCGACUCCAACUGCAAUCACAUUCAGCAUCCGACCCUCUCUCUCAACGGGAUUUGCGAGGAUCACCAAUUUAUAAAGGCACACUUCCUACGAUCAAAAGAAUCUUCCAAGAAGAAGGAUUGCCGGGACUAUGGAAGGGAAACAUUCCAGCAGAGUUGAUGUACGUUUCGUAUAGUGCGAUUCAAUUCACGACAUAUAGAUCGGUUACACUGGCCCUACAAGAUGCAGCUGGAGAGCAUAGAAUGCCAGCUGCUGCUGAAAGUUUUAUUGCCGGAGCAUCUGCAGGAGCCGUUGCUACAACUGCCACUUAUCCUCUGGAUUUACUCCGCACAAGAUUCGCUGCACAAGGAGUAGAAAGGGUAUAUACUUCUCUCCGAGCUUCGAUCCGUGAAAUCGCCAUUAAUGAAGGGCCAAGAGGGUUCUUUCAAGGACUUGGGGCUGGAGUUGGACAAAUUAUACCAUACAUGGGAAUCUUCUUUGCUACAUACGAGAGUCUCCGUCUACCAUUAGGAACUUUAAACAUGCCUUUUGGAUCGGGAGAUGCAAGUGCGGGAGUUAUUGCUUCAGUCAUUGCAAAAACGGGCAUCUUUCCCUUUGAUUUGAUUAGGAAAAGAUUGCAAGUGCAAGGGCCAACAAGAGAACGAUACGUCCACAAGAAUAUCCCAGUUUACAAUGGUGUAUUCAAGACCAUGCAACACAUAAUACAAAACGAAGGCUAUCGAGGGCUUUAUCGAGGGUUGACGGUCAGUCUCUUCAAAGCUGCCCCAGCUAGUGCUAUUACUAUGUGGACAUACGAACGAGUUCUCCAACUUUUACUAAAAUGGGAGAAAGCCCAAGAGAGUUCAAAGUGA